GUUAGUUACAAGAAGCACCGCUGCAGCCUGUAACGUUCUAUUGUUUUCUUGUCGGCGUUUAAAACAGGGAGAAGUGUCAGAAAAGCAUGAAGAUUCUCAGAAACGACUUGGUUUCCCUUUGCCUGGUUCUGAUAAGGAUCGCGGACGUAGCGGCUUAUCUGCUGCCGCCAACAAAUGUGACUCUGCUCUGUCACAACUUAACAAACAUCCUGCAGUGGAAGUAUGACAAAGCUGCUGCUGAUCUGAAGUUCAGAGUUGAUAUUUCCAGCAUAUCAAGCCCUCCUGAACAUCCACGUUUUGCAAAUUCAUCAACUCUGCAAAUUGAUCUUUCAUCUAUAAGUGAUCCAUUUGGCGAGUAUGUUGUCACUGUGACGGCUGUGAAAGGACAGAAUGAGUCCGAGACCAGCCCUCCUGAUGGACUGCAAUUCAGUUAUCUCAAGGACUCCCAAGCAGAACAGAAAUGCUUUGUGGACUUCCCAUCCGUAAAUGUCACAGCCAUACCAGACGAUAAUGUCGAAUUCAGCUUCCACCAUCCAUGGCUGUUGUACCAUAAGUUCUACCAAAAUGGGAAGAAGAAAAAGAACAAUGCAUUAAUCAGGGACUUACCUGUAUUUAGCUACAAUGUUGUGGUUAUCAACCAGAUGGAACGCCACCACAGCUUCCGCUGUAAGCAGAGCAUGUGCAAACACACGGUUCCAGUAGAUGGCUCGCAGAAGAAUCACUGUUUGAAGGUCAGCGGAGAGCUGGAGAACAUCGAUGUGCGAGCCACACAGGUUUAUUGCAGCCUGCCACAUCAGGAAACCGAUUUCACUCCACUCUACGUUGUGCUUGGUCUGCUGAUCCUUGCUGUCUUUGCACUCGUUCUCUUCAUGGUCUAUCGAAAAAUGACACGGACCCACACACCUUUACCUCUUCCAUGGUGGUGUACCUUUACUACAAAUGACUUCCAAGAUGAUGAUGAGAUGAUGAUAGUGCCUGAAGUCACUCCUACAUCACCCACACAACUCCCUGACACAGAUGUGAGUGAACCAACACUUGAAGGCACUCAGCCUGACUUCCGAGCACCCAUCGGGGUAGGGAUCCACCAGGGGAAUGAGCUCCUGACAAGGAGGGUAAGGCGUGCAGGGGAUGCGGAAUAUAUGCCAGGCGGUCGUCUAGUACGAGAUGACGUCGGUCAGGAGGUCUCACCUUAUGAGAGCCGUCCGGUGUUGGUUGAGAUGGCACCUGAAGACUUGGCUCAAGGCUAUCGUGACUGAAACAUUUCAAUGAAACUCCGCGAACUGGUGUCUGUGCAUGUAGCGCACUGAAUGGUCUGGCUUUCUGACGUUAGUGCAAAUAAGGCACUCUGUAAUAAAGUCAAGAUGUCU